AGCCAAGACUUAAUUGCAUUAUAUUUAGAUAAAAAUCAGCUUUUCUAAGGUAUGCGCUUGUACAGAAUAAUAACGGAAGUAUAACACUACGUUGCCAGCAUCAGCAACUCUUGGUUUCACUGGUCAUCUAAUUGAAAGGUGAUUUUUACCAGACUCAAACUUGAGAAGAUCAUUAUAAGACCUGCAAUUUUUAACUUCGCUACAAUUAUCUGUAUGGUAUAUACAGGCACUCUUGCGUAUGUGUUUACUAGAAAAUGUACUGAGCUACAUAAGCAGCGAAUAAGUAGUGGCGUAAAGAUAUAAAUGUGGUAACAGUGGAAAAAUGGAAAAACAGAAGAAAAUGAUCGCUGUGCCAUCUUUAAGCUUUUCUCUAUUUACCUUUUGCGCUAUAAAUCAACGCCGACAACACAUACCGUAUCUACACCACCCCACACUCACCUCGUAUUAAGAUAACAAUAAGGGCGCCGGCGCUCAGUAGUAGGGCAUAUGGGAAAAAAGCGUUCACUUAUCAAAAGCUUUCUUUUCUCACAUCACCGUCGCUCAUCCCACGAUGAAGUUAAAUUGACCGAAGAGCAAACAGCUGCGCUGGCAUCACUGACCCACUAUGCCGAACGCCACUCGUCCAUCAGUUCGCUUAAUCAUUCUGCACUUUACGACAUUCUUGAAGCAAGUGCAUGGGACAGGCAAGCAGCUUUCAAUGAACUUGACGAUUUUUAUGAGGCAGACAGUGGAUUGUUGUGGCCACCACCUCGGAUCGAGACGAAUACUGUGCUGUUCGGUAGCGAAAACGACGCAUAUACGAGCUGUUAUAUCGACGCACUCCUCUUUGCCAUGUUUAUUGGGCUAAGUUCGUUUGAUCCGCUUCUGACAUAUGAUAUUUCGGAUGAAUUCGAAUCAAAGCAACGGCUGCAAACACUACUCCGGUUUUUUGUCAACAAAAUGCGUAAAGGUCAUUUGAUCAAAUCCGAAACGGUUCGAGGCUUGCGAAAGACACUUCAGGGAGCCCAAUGGCGAGGGUGUGACGAGGAUGGCAACUGGAUGCAAGAAGAUGCGAGUGAACUGUUCAUGUUUUUAACAGAAACGUUCGAUCUGCCUUAUCUACCGUUUCAAAUACGACUAUUUCAUGGAGCUGACCGGGACAUGGACGAUGAUCGUGUCAUGACCGACCGUAUCCUCUCGAUCGCCGUACCGCAUGACCGUUCUGCAAAGCUCGAGAAUUUAUUGCUGGAUCACUUUUAUGACAACAUCAUUACUGGGAUUAAGCGUCAAGUGGGCGAUAGUGGUAAUGGUAAUGGUGGUGCUGGUGGUGCUGGUGGUGAAAACAGGUCACCAUCCGACGACGACAAUGGGAUGAGCGACGACGAGUUAUCCAUCACCAAAGGGGCCGAGCAUUCCGAGGGUCAGGUCGAGGUGACAGCAUGGCAAGUGCUGGAACUACUUCCGUUUUACAGCGGCAUGAACGAACAAGGGAACUCGAUCGAGACCCAGGCACCACAAAACUUUCCGGACUGGCAUUUGAUUUUACCCAUUGUUUUAAACCGGUACCGCUAUGAUCAGCGGGGGAAUUCUCACAAGAUCAAGACCAUCAUCGAUAUCCCGCCACAAAUUGAGUUCAACCGUUUUGUGAAUCGUAACACGGAUUACCCAAUCUGUAGGACAUGUGGCCAGAAAGUGGAAUGCGUUAUGCGGCUACAGAGUGCAGUCUGUCAUAAAGGAAGCUCAGUCCAUGCGGGUCACUAUGUUGCUUAUGCAAGAGCGAGUAAUUGUGUUGGCGCUGCAAAUGACCAAGACGACGAGAUAUGGCUCAAACUAGAUGACUUGGAUACGUCAAAACGUGUGCGUACCAUUGCCGGACGACAUAGCACUGUGCAAGCAGAACUUUCGAGAGACGCAUAUGUUUUAUUUUACGAACUUGUCAAGCUAUGUAACCACGACGUUGACACUCCACACAUCAUCAAUAAGCAGCCACAGGACGUUGAUUUCGAUGAAACUAUACCAUCUCCCGAAGAUGACAAGACAUCAGAUACCCGAGCAACGGCAUCAAGCACUGACAUUCAUACUCACAAAAAUAAUACAACCGCAGCAUUAUCAUCUUCAUCAUCAUCCUCUCCAAGUACAGGCAAACUUCCUUGUAAAAUUUUAUAAAUAACAGUAAAAAAGUAAUAAUAGUAAUGU